CAUUCAGAAGUUGUUGCACUUUGUCCCCUAUUGCAAAUUUACGUGGACUUUGUCCAUUUUGUACUUUAAGAAUCUUCACAGUAGGAGCAAACGCUGCUUGAGAAAUUGUACCCAGUCUUUCUGUGUCCUAUUUUGGGUAGUUCAAGUGAAAUUGAGCUGAGUUUAUCAUAUAUUAUUUUCCUAUCUAAUUUGAUGAAAACGCCCACUUGAGUGUAUAAAGUUGGCUCGGCGAAAAAAAGAGAGUAUAUUUCUUAAGUUCCAACAUGGCGACAGAAGGGACGGAGAGAACCGGUCUGGUAGCAGAGGGAGAGAACUUUACUCUAGACGGAAAACCUGUACAGCUACUGAGUGGAGCUAUCCACUAUUUCAGGGUCCCAAGAGAAUACUGGCGAGACAGGAUGCUCAAGUUGAAAGCCUGUGGACUCAACACCUUGGAAACAUAUGUGUGCUGGAACCUACAUGAGCCGGAGAAGGGCAAGUUUGACUUCACAGGCAUGCUGGACAUCGCAGCAUAUCUCCGUGAGGCAGCAAACCUUGGAUUGUGGGUGAUCUUUCGCCCAGGACCGUACAUAUGUGCAGAGUGGGACUAUGGAGGUUUACCCAGCUGGUUACUGAGAGACCCAAACAUGCAGGUUCGCACCACGUACCAACCCUACAUGGAGGCAGUGGAGAGGUUCUUUGAUGCCCUCCUACCCAUCGUCAAACCAUUCCAGUAUAAAGAAGGUGGACCCAUCAUUGCUGUGCAGGUGGAAAACGAGUAUGGUUCCUACGCUAGGGACGACAAGUAUCUGACGGCAGUAAAACAGGCCAUCCAAAAGAGAGGCAUUGAGGAGCUACUACUGACUUCUGAUGGAGGUGACAUUGGAAGAUUGGCGAGGGGUUGCAUCCCAGGGGUGCUGAUGACAGCAAACUUCAACUUCAAUCCCAAAAAACAGCUGGGUGCUCUCAAAAAGAUCCAGCCCAAUCGUCCCAUGAUGGUGAUGGAGUUUUGGUCAGGCUGGUUUGACCACUGGGGCAGGGACCACCACAAACUACAUGUGGAAAAGUUUGAGCAGUUGUUAGGAGACAUUCUGAGGCUACGAUCUUCUGUCAACUUCUACAUGUUCCACGGAGGCACCAACUUUGGCUUCAUGAACGGAGCCAACUACAUCAAUGGGUACAAACCAGAUGUCACCAGUUACGACUAUGAUGCUCCACUGUCAGAAGCAGGGGAUCCAACCCCAAAGUACCACAAAACAAGGGAACUCCUGCAAACACUGGCAAUGGAGGGAGCAGUUCCAAGUGAGUUGCCUGAUGUUCCACCAGCUACAGAGAAAAGCAGCUAUGGUCCAUUUCCUGUUGAAAAAUACAUCACAUUUGAAGAUGCCUUAAAGGUGCUGGGGGAGCCAAUCAGGAGUGAGAAGGUGAUGUCCAUGGAGAUGCUCCCCAUCAACAAUGACAACGGGCAGUCGUAUGGCUACAUCCUGUACAGGCACAAACUUACCCACACACCGGCCACAGAGUCUGUCACUCUCAAGUGUGAUGUCAGAGACAGAGCUCAGAUAUUUGUGAAUGGUAAGGAGUCAGGCAUGCUGAACUGGAGAGUUGGAGAGAUCACUUUGUCAGGGUUGAAGGAGAACGACAUUCUGGACAUCCUAGUAGAGAACCAGGGCAGGGUAAACUUUGCCCAGACCAUGGACGGAGUCAAGAAGUUUGUGUUGGAGAGUGUGACUGGAGUGAACAGGGGGGAUGCACUGUUGGACCAAAGGAAAGGACUUGUAGGAGAGGUACUGCUGAACACUGCCCCACUAGAGACAUGGGAAAUCUUCCCUCUGGAGCUCAAGCCAGAAUUCCAAACAAGGUACAAAAUUCACCCAGACUGGAAGGAACUGACUGAUGCAGCAGAAAUACCCUUCCCAUCAUUCCAUUUGAUCAACUUCUCCAUCCCCGAAGACCCGAAGGACACAUUUCUGGACAUGAAGAAGGGUUGGGGGAAGGGUGUGGCAAUCUUGAAUGGUUUUAAUCUGGGGAGGUACUGGCACAUCGGACCUCAGGAGACACUAUAUGUCCCUGCACCAUUCCUCAAGCAAGGAGACAAUCAGCUCCUGUUGUUUGAGCAGCAUGUCCCUUACAAGGAAGUGUUCUUCACGGACACCCCUCGGCUGGGGAAGGAGAAGGAGGUGUCUUGUGUUCCUCUUUAGAAGUAGAGUAAAGGUCACUAUUUCAUGCUGCCCAGAAGGCCCAUUCUGAGACACCUUUAACAAGCACAAUCCAAACCAACUGAAAGCAGCCUUUUUCUUGGUAUGUGUGGAUACUACUCAUUACAAGUAGUGGACACUCAAGUAGGUGAUUUUUGACAGCUCAGUUCUUAGAUGUUUUCCAUAAUUUCAAUAUGGACUGGAAAUAGUGGUCUGUGCCCACUAAUCUUAGACAGUAGGAGCCUGUUUGGAUAUGGAAUUCAUCUAGCCUGGAUGCCUGCCUUUUUAUUUGUAGCACACUUGCUUGAUGAUUCCCUGCUACCAAAUGGUAUCAAUGGUAAUUGAUUGUAAUGUAUGUUACUUGUUUCCAGAAACAUAUAUCUGCAUGGGGUGGAGAUUUCUGCAGAAAUCUGUAGAAAUAAUCUGAUCCCUAGGGCAUUAUCACUGUUAUCUACAUGUACAUAGUUGUUGUCAUCUUCUAUGUCACAAUAUCAUGAAUAUGCAAUGUCAAUAUUGUUCAGGACAAACUAUGCUUUAAAAGUGAGAGGUAGUCUGCAAUUAGAGUAUUUAGAGAAUUAUAGUGCCCCGCAUAUUUUGCAGAAGCAAAACAAUACUUUAACAAAUAAAAUUAGUACAUAUAUAUUUAAUUUAUGUUUUGUGAAAUAUGAUGCAAAUUUUCCAACUUGAGGCAACUGGACAAAAAAGCAAUCAGUGCAUAUUGCUUUAUUGUGAGUAUUCAGCAAUUUACAAUCAGUAUUUUAAAUUGACAACCAACCCAAGCAGGCAAUAUCAAUAACAUGAAUAAUGAUGCCUACUAGGCAACCAGUCGUCACUAAUGAAAAGACUGAGUGACAGUAACUUCAUCUGUUACGGUAACUUUCUGCCACAGUAACUUUCAGUAACUUUCAAACAGCACUUAA